AUGUUUCAAACCCUGAACUUGAGUAGACUCUUGAGAUUUAGAGUUCUAGCUCGGUUCGCUGCCUCUGCUCCACUAUGUUAUAUUGCAUUUUCUGUUUUCGAUCCUACUGAUCCUUGCUCUGUCUCCUUUGUUUCUUUUUCAAAGCUACCUGGUCGCAAAACUUUCUCAUAUUUUCUUUCUUAUUUGUCUUUUUCCAGCCAUCUUCAUGGUUUAGGUUUCUUUUCCGGUCCUUUCAAUACCCAUCUAAAACUCCGCCUUCUUUUACAUGGGAAAUCUCUACGAAUAUUUUGCCGAACACUCAUUACUCAAACCGUAUUCCUAAAAACCCCCAUUAAACCCCAUUUCUCAUUCUGCCAAAGUGUCUCGACAUUUUCCUAUUUCCGCUACAACCAAACACCAAAAUCUCCACUUUCUUUUACGAGAUGGCAUUUCUCUAGAGACUUCUCUUCCGACGAGCUACACGAUGAUGAUCUUUUGGCUGAUGUAUUUGCUGAAAUAGAACUCGAGAAGCAGCAAGAAAAAGAUGAUAGGAAGAGAAAAGGUUUGGAUGAAAAGGAUAUUGAUGAAGAGGACAAAGAAGAUUAUAUGGGUGUUAUGCCACUGAUAGAGAAGCUUGAAAAGAGGGCGUUAAAGGAAAAGAAUUUUCGUAUAUCAUUUGAGCAGCCCAUGGAUUCGGAUUCCGAAAACGAGGAUGAGGGAAAUUACGAGAAGUGGGAAAACCAAUUUGAGAGGAAACAAAAGAUGCAUAAACAGUUGCUAAAGAACUUCUGCGAGUCAGGUAAACUCGAUGAUGCUUUUAAAUGGAUGAAUAAAAUUGACAAGUUCGAGGAGAAAUUUAUCCUUAAGCAAAAAUUGAAUAGGGCAAUGAGACUCCUUCAAUGGAAGGAAGCCUACGAUCCUAAUAAUCCUGCCAAUUAUGGAAUUAUGAAGGAUCAUCAAGUUGGCCCUUCUGUUGAUCGUGAGGAAGAAGCUGAAGAGGAGAAUGAGAAGAAAAUAAUAAGAAAAGCUAGUGGGGAUGAGGAUAAAGAAGAAUUUGAUGACAUGAAAGGGAAGUAUAACAUACUAUUAAAGAAGCUCAAUGCUAUUGACAAGAAACUGGAAGAGAAGCUAGCAGAGUUGGAUUAUACAUUCAGCUGGAAGGGAAAGCUUCUAGAGGAGGAAAUCAGAGACCUUGCAGAGGAAAGAAAUCCUUUAACAAAAAGAUGACCUCUUUACAGAAAGGGUUUUGAUGUGAGGUUGAUAGACGUAAACCGAACUUGUAAAGUAACAAAGGGAGGGCAAGUGGUCAAAUACACCGCUUUGAUGGCGUGUGGAAACUAUCAUGGUGUUGUUGGAUAUGCAAAAGCCAAAGCCAAAGCAGUCCCUAUUGCACUUCAAAAGCCCUAUGCCAGCAUAGUUCCAUUUUAA